UAUAUAUAUAUAUAUAUAUAUAUAUAUAUAUAUAUAUAUAUUAUAUAUAAGAAGGCGAAAGAGACAGAAAAUGCUGGUACCAUUUGAACCCCUGAAUAAGAGGAUCCGAUUUAAACAACCGAAGAUCUCAGCGAUUGAGCUCUCUAUCUCAGCAUUUCCUCUUUGACUUGAUCAGUCAAUACUGUGAGGAUCUUGAGCUUUCUGGCUGAAAGUUACAAUCUGGGUACAUGAAGAGGUCAUAGAAGAGAUACACUAACUACAGUUGAGUGGAAAAUGAAAUCUGAUACACCUCUUGAUUAUGCUGUAUUCCAAUUAUCACCGAAGCGGUCAAGAUGUGAAUUGUUUGCUUAUGGUGAAGGAAACACUGAGAAACUUGCUUCAGGAUCAGUAAAGCCAUUUGUGACCCAUUUAAAAGUUGCUGAAGAGCAAGUUGCACUUGCAGUUCAAACAAUUAAACUUGAAAUUGAGAGAUAUAAAAAUGAUGAGACAUGGUUCACUAAGGGAACACUUGAAAGGUUUGUGCGGUUUGUUAGCACACCCGAAGUCUUGGAACUGGUCAAUACAUUUGAUGCGGAGAUGUCUCAGUUGGAGGCUGCUCGGAGAAUAUAUUCUCAGGGUGCAGGCAAUCAACAAUCUGGAGCAAUGGGCAUCGAUGGAAAAGGAAUCACAGCAGCAGCAGAUGCGACAAAGAAGGAGCUUUUGAGGGCUAUUGAUGUGCGGCUGGUUGCAGUUAGGCAGGACUUAACCACAGCUUGUGCUCGUGCAUCAGCUGCUGGUUUCAAUCCUUACACUGUUUCCGAACUCCAACUCUUUGCAGAUCGGUUUGGUGCUCAACGCUUGAACGAAGCCUGUACCAAAUUUUUGUUACUGUGUCAAAGAAGACCAGACCUAAGCAACUAUUGGAAGCCAGAUGUCGAUGACAGAGCCGUUAGAUCAUCAUGUGGGUCUGACAUGUCCAUCGAUGACCCCACGGAAGAACCUUCUGGCCCACACGCCAGGGCCCACCAUCAAGUUCAAAACAUGCAGGAGCAACAACCAGCACCAUCACGAGCCCUUCAGGACCAAUCAAGAUCAACCACGUGUCAGCAGCCCAAGUCCUUCCCUACUACCACCACCACCACCACCACCUCCUUUCCUUCACGACGUAACGUAAACGAGAAAAACGAAGCCAACAAAGAAGAAAGCAGCCACGAGGCUUCAGAGAAGGAGAAGAAAGAGGAUGUUCAGACCGAUUCCCCGUUCUCCUCUUCUUCUUCAACUGCGGCUGCUCAAUCCACAAGGCGGCUCAGUGUCCAAGACCGAAUCAACCUUUUUGAAAACAAACAGAAGGAGAUUUCUACGGCCGGUAGUGGUGGCAAACCUGUUGUGGUUAACAAGUCUGUCGAGCUAAGAAGGCUCUCCUCGGACGUUCCAUCAGUAGCUGUGCCAGAGAAGUCUGUGCUGCGAAGAUGGAGUGGUGCCAGUGAUAUGAGCAUUGAUGUGAGCGGUGAGAAGAAGGAUUUAGAGAGCCCUUUCUGCACACCAUCUUCAGCUUCUUCUGUUUCUCAGGUCAACAAGUCCGGUAAUAUUGCUUUGGAUGAUAAGGACCAAAAGGGAUUGAAUGAUUCAGCGACUUCGUCUACAAAGAUCGAAGCUAGGAGUGGUUCUGGUCGAGAUGGUGAUGAUAGUGUCUUAAAGGAUAAAGUUGAGGGGCAGAGCCGGAUUGGGGUUUCUUCAAGUCAAGAGGAGGUGGGUUCAAAGCAAUGGAAUAAUUGGAAGGAGCAAGCUGUUUCUCAGACCCAAUUUAAGUCUUCUCCAAGGGCAGAGCUAGUUGGGUUGAGUGAUCAAGGAGUUUCUCAAGAGAAGUUGAAGAUUUCUUCAAAUAGUGAAGAGAGGAGCCGUGGGUUUAAAGAGCAAGGCGAUUCUACAACGCUGUCAAGAGGUUUCCCGGACUGGAUAGAGAUUGUUGGACCAAAAAACCAAGCUGGUUUGCAGAAAGAGAUUGGAGGUUUUGCAAACAAGGCAGGGGAUGUUUCAUCUGAUGGUGGGUCUGGGAAUAAGGUGGAGGAUUCUGGAUUGACAGACAACUCAAUGGUUCAGUCAAGGCGUAAGAGCUUCCACAAUCACACCCGAUCUCUGUCUGGGCAGUUUGAUGGUGGUAUAGGAGGAUUCAAAUUUAAGGAAGCCUCUUCAGCUCAGCUCAAGGGGUCUGCGGGUGAUGAACUGCCUCCUCAGCCUCAGUGGAGAUCAUUUACAGGAGAAGUUGAGGAGAGGUCUGGAGUUGAUUUGUCAUCACCAGAUAAGCAACAAGUAAAAGUGGAAGAUCGGAAGGUGAAAUUUCAGAAACAGGUUCAUGCCAAUCGUGAACAGACAAAGAGGUCACAAGGAAGAAGAGAUGAAAGUAAUAUUGUUUAUGAGAAUAGCAAAUUUGAUUUUUCUGUUAAAAAUGUUUCAAUGAAUCAAGAGAGCUCGGAUAUGUCAACACCAUCGAUUGAGCAGGUUCAGAGAGUUAGGCAGAGUAAGGGAAAUCAGGAACUCAAUAAUGAGCUUAAGAUGAAGGCAAAUGAACUUGAAAAACUUUUUGCAGAGCACAAGCUUCGGGUUCCUGGGGAUCAGUCUGGUUCUGCACGUAGAAACAAGCCUCCAGAUGUGCAGGUGGAGCAGGCAGUGAGUUCACAGUAUAGAAAACCAGUAGCGGAGGAAAUUUCUCCUGCACAAUUGCCUGAAAAAAGCACAGUGAUUGAACCGACCGGUGGUUCUAGCAAUAUUGCAAAGUUCACUACUCCACCGGCAAAGAAAGUAGAUACCCAGGAAUAUGGUGAUACUAGGAGGCAGAAUUUCUCUGAGCGUUUUUCUGAUGAUUCUAGAGGAAAAUUUUAUGAGAAAUACAUGCAGAAAAGAGAUGCUAAAUUGAGGGAAGAAUGGGGUUCUAAAAGAGCAGAGAAGGAAGCCAAGUUGAAAUCCAUGCAGGAUAGCCUUGAGCGUAGUAGGGCUGAGUUGAAGUCCAAGUUUUCAGGGUUAUCAGACAGCCAGGAUUCUUUAUCAAGUGCUCGACGGCGUGCAGAGAAGCUCAGAUCUUUUAACUUACGAUCUAUUACGAAGAUGGAGCAGCCUGUAGAAGAUUCAAUUCCCAGUGAUGAGGAUGAAGAACUUUCUGAAUUUCAAAUUCAGAAAAAUUUUGGACAAGAUAUAUAUUUUGCUGAGCCAUCUUUAGGAGAUAGUGCUUCUAGAGGCACUCAAAACAAGAAAAACUUGCCAAACAGAAAUAUGUCUUCAUCAACUCCUCGGAUGACUGUAGCAUCAGCUCCACGGCCAUCUGUCAAAGCUUCAAACUCCAGUUCAGGGAGGCGAAGAGCACAGUUAGAAAAUCCUCUGGCACAGUCAGUUCCCAACUUUUCUGAUUUUAGGAAAGAAAACACAAAGCCCUAUUCUGGAGUCAGCAAAACAGCCACCCGUUCACAGGUGAGAAGUUAUGCCCGUAGUAAGAGUGGUACUGAUGACAUACCAGUUGUCAAGGAAGAGAAGCCAAGACGAUCUCAGUCCUUGAGGAAAAGUUCCGCUAGUCCUGCAGAGUUUAAGGAUUUGUCUGCUUUGAAUUCUGAGGGUGUUGUUUUAGCACCAUUGAAAUUUGAUACAGAACAAACUGAGCAGAGUCUAUGUGACAAAUAUCCAAAAAAUCUGGAAUCAAAGCCAUUCCUUAGGAAGGGUAAUGGGAUAGGUCCUGGUUCUGGAGCUAGCAUUGCCAAGCUGAAAGGUUCAAUGGCAUCUGAAACUUUGAAAAGUGAAGAAGAAUUUGAUGAAUCAGGCUUUGAGGGAGAAGAUUCUGUGGACAUGACAAAGGAGGAAGAAGAGGAAGAGCUAGAAACAAUGGCAGUUGAAGAUUGCAUUAAUAUGGAUAACGGGAAACCAAGGCUGAGUCAGGAAUCUGAUAAGUCAGCUAACUCUGUGUCUGAUAAUGGUGAUUCCAUAAGAUCUCUUUCCCAAGUGGACCCUAAUUCAGUUGCUGAAUUACCUGCAGCUGUGCCUUCGGCAUUCCAUGCUGUAGGGUCUCUCCCAGAUUCACCAGGAGAAAGCCCUGUGUCAUGGAACUCACGAAUUCACCAUCCAUUUUCUUACCCACAUGAGACCUCAGAUAUUGAUGCUUCUGUGGACUCUCCAAUUGGGAGCCCUGCUUCAUGGAACUCUCAUGGUCUUGCCCAAACAGAAUCAGAUGCAGCUCGAAUGCGGAAGAAAUGGGGAAGUGCACAAAAACCUAUUCUUGCUACCAAUUCAUCCAACAAUCAGUCACGCAAGGAUGUGCCAAAAGGUUUUAAACGAUUAUUGAAGUUUGGAAGGAAAAGUCGUGGGACUGAGAGUUUGGUUGACUGGAUCUCUGCUACAACUUCUGAAGGAGAUGAUGAUACAGAAGAUGGACGAGAUCCUGCCAAUCGGUCAUCAGAAGACUUGAGGAAGUCAAGAAUGGGAUUCUCACAGGGACCUUCUGAUGACAGCUUCAAUGAAAUCGAGUUCAAUGAACAAGUUCAAGCAUUGCAAAGCUCUAUCCCAGCACCUCCAAUGAACUUUAAACUGAGGGAUGAGCAUAUGUCAGGAAGCUCGUUAAAAGCUCCACGAUCGUUCUUCUCACUCUCGUCAUUCCGAAGUAAGGGAGGUGACUCAAAGCUCAGAUGAGUACCACAAAAUUUAAGUGCUUGGGGGAUCAUUUUCUUCAAUGUAGGGUGUAAAGGAUGAAACAUAUACAGGUCUUUUUGAGGUAGGCAAGAACAAUACAUCCAUCUCUGUAAAGGAUCAACGAUGGGACACUCUGUAAAUCUUGUUGGAUUAAUGAGGCCUUCCUCGUCAUUUAGUAAAAUUAGCUAUAUAUCUAAUAGUCAUGUUGAAAUAUGGUGUAUAUUUGGUCGGAACAUGAGUCGCUUAUUGGCGUAAUGUAAUUGUGAUUUUGGUAGUCCAGAGGCAUAUUCUUUUUCUCUUCUCCAUUUGCUCUCUAGCCUGUGUGUUGUAAAUCUGACUCUUUGUUAGAAACAACAUUAUUAGACUUUUAAGAAGAGUGAUGUGCUUAUGCGGAAUAAUAGCUUUGUCAAACAUUACAACUUUUGAUCUUAUGCUCAUUUUCUCCACUUCUUUCGAUA